GCACCAACCCACCGCUUGAGCUCAGCGUUGGCCGUCUUCUUCCUCGACGUCGACCGCCUCAGCUAGUAUUGUUCUUGUUUGCGUUGGUCAAUGUCUGUCGAGGCACCCGCGCUGCUCGCAUCGCACACCAUCUUCACGUCGAAAGCUCGCUUGUCAUCGCCAUCGCCAUCGCGCACACCUUUGUUACCCAUGCACACGUCCAACAACGCAACCGUGCCAACCCUCAUCCAAACCGGCCUGCCUAUCAUGGAUACCACUCUACCUACCCCGCUUACGACGCUAGUCGUGGAUGGCGCUCAGAUAUCGCACUCUCCUCCGCCGAGCACGGAGUCGACGUCAGACGGGCCGUUGUCCGACCUUGGCAAAGACGCUAGCACGGAUGUGGAUCCUCAGAUUUUGGAGGCGCUGAAAAGCAAGGACAGACUGUUCGUCCUCAAGGUCGGCCAAAUCAUGGAAGGGUUGAUCAAGGAACAACAGCAACGAGUGGAGGUGCAAGCAUCGACAUCAUACCAGCGACUCCUGGUUCAUCGAUGUGCUGCGUACUACAAAUGCACACCUGAAGCCGACCCUGUCACGAAGAACCUCGCAAUUGUGAAGACAAUCGAAAGCCGCAUUCCAAUUCGUCGACUCAGUGAACUGGUGCCCGCGGAGUCACAGUCUCUGCCCGCGUUCAAAAUCAUGCGGCGCUCCUCUAAGGAGCGUGGAAAAACCAAAUCGCGUUCACACACGAGCUCUGUGGCCGGCGAAGAUGCCGACCUCUCGGACGCUGAACCUUCGGAAAGCGGCAGCGUCGGUGGCCGCAGUAAUGCCACCAGUGGGCGGAAGCAUCUCACGAUCGCCGAGCGGGAAGCCGCCUAUAACGAGGCGCGGACGCGUAUAUUCAUGGAUUUCCAGGAUAAGGACAAAGACAAAGAUAUGAGCGCUAGCUCAUCCACAUUCAGCCUCGUCUCCGGUUCUGCAUCCACCAGCGAGGGCGGAGGCAGGAGCGAUUUGGACGACACCGCGAGCACAGCGCCCACCGAGAGCGAGUGGUCGGGCCCAGUAUCACGCGAUAAAAAGGGUGCUCCGGGUAGCACUUCAGCUGGAUCUUCACGUUCUCGCAGAUCAAACUAUAGAACAGGCGGGAGCACACGCAACUCCAGAGCCCCAUCACCCUCCUUCACAUACGCAUCCAUAUACGAGCCGACUUCGGGCGUAGCAUCCACAUCUUACGAUCAAGGGGACGUUCCACCUCCCGGUUACAUUUUCUACGCCUACCCUCCCCCCGGACAAGUUGCUCCUCCUGCAGGUUUUUAUCCUGCAUAUCCAUACUAUGCUUACCCCUACCCUCCUCCGCCUCCACACCCUCACUCGCAAUCCGAGCCAACAUCCGGUCAUGCAACGCCAGAGAUCUACGGGCAUCCCCACCAAGUACCGUACCCAGGCGCUUACGCAUGGGCACCUGCUCAGCAAGGCGCGUUGACGCCGGGUUCUGCUCCUCCCCCGCAGACACCAAACAUGCAGCCUGCCGCUCCACAUGGCAGCCCACCCCCAAUGCCACGGAAUCCACAGUAUGGAACUCCAUGGCCCGCUAUGCCCCCCGCGCCAUAUGGACCCUACCCCGCGCCGGGAUACUACUCGCAGUCGAUGUCCUACGUUCCAGGGCAGCCUGCGCCACCUGCACUGCCGCCUCAAAUGCACGGCCAGGCCGUGUACUCGCAAGAAAUGGCUCCGCCGCCCCCGCCGCAUAUGAACGGGCGUGCACCGAGCAAUGGCAGCAUGUCCUCACAACACAGCCGGGCUUCGUCUCGAAGCAGCAGUGUGAGCGGCGGCGCAAAGCGUGUAGCGCCGUCCGUGCGGCCCACGUGGAGCUACGGACCUCCGAACUCGAUGUACGCUUACGGUUCGGGAGGCAGUAUGGGUGGCGAAACGGUCGGCCCGCGGCUGAGCUCUUCGAUGCGGCGAACGUCUGCUACCUCCAGUGUCGGUAGCGUCAGCAACGGCAACCGCACACCCUCCGAUGAAGCAUCAUCUACAGUGUCGUCCUCAACCACUUCGUCGUCUUCUCGACGGACCUACACGUCUACUUCCACGUCUUCCAAGCACCCCCUUCCCGCGCGUCCGGACUGGGCCAUCAACCUAAAACCGCAGCCGACCCUUCACAGCAACAGCCGGUCCAGGACAGCCUCUGCCGGCACUACACAUGGCCCGCCUUUACAAGCCACAGAUUUCCCUCCCCUCUCGGUAGCCUCAUCGACGCCCAAAGCACCUCCCGCUGCCGGCGCUUGGGGCAAGCCGCCUGCCAACAAGUCGAUCCUCACACCCAACAAUCAGACCUCUGGCAGCAACGGCAACGCUCUCGUUCAGUACCCCGCGCCAUCGGCGAACGGCGGCGCGUCCGGUCGCACGUCUCCGACACCCGAGGAGUACCAGGACAGAGUCCCCGAGCGGCCGUUCGCGAAGGGACCUGAGCCGUCGCACGCCAACCCGAAGGUUGCCACGGAGAAAGUGCCGGCGGAUGAGAGGUCUGGGAUUGCUGACGGCAAUGCCACCGCUGAACAGAUGCAGCGCCUCAGUCUAGACGACUCGACGAGACCGGGAACGGUAUGAUAGUGUCAGUAGUUGUACGUGAUGACACCCGUCGGGAAAUGCCUUAAAAUACGUCCCUGGUAGGUGUAGUGAUAUCGGCAGUCUAGUUGUGUAGUCCCUUGUUGUCUUGUUGUGUUAAAGUAACAGUAUAAUGGCAGCCACAAACAGUUUUAUAUUACGCGAUGUUGCAUGCAAGACUUCUCUUCAGCCUCGUGCAUACACUUCCCCUGGAUGGGCUUGGCCAAUUGUCUGUGCCGGAUCGUCAGUUGGCAGGUUGCUUUAGUGCGCUCUGCUGUCGUUGCAAGAGUUUCUGAGCCAGCCGCCUCGGUUGAGUGGGGGUUUGCAAUAUCCCAUCAACACUGAUUCCUGCCUCACAUCCCGCCUCCCUUGAAUCCAGCAUCUCACAGUGCGCCUGAGAUCGUGCAGAGAAUGCGUCUAGAGAGUCUAUCGAUGCACGUCGUCGAGAAGCACUGCGUGACGGCAUGCAGCUAGGCUCGAUGUAGAUAUCGCAGCCUAGAUUGCCUCUGGAUUCGAGCCAGCCG